AUGAUGGAACACGAGACUCUAACCAUAGCUGGUAUCUCCUACAAACAGACCAGACGGAUUAUGAGUGCAGAAGGGAUGAACCCGUUACUCACAGUUACCAGACCGACGCCUGCAGGAUUGUUACGACAGCAAACAAAUAUGAAAGUGAUCUAUGGUGGUUACGUCAAACAUUUCACAAACCGCUAA